CAGUGCCGAUCCGGCUGUCCGUGGGGGAGGGUUGUGCAUGUGACGGACCGGUGAGUUUCGCGACUCGAGGGACUGGUGAUUGCGCAGUGAAGGAUCAGAGGCCUAGGAGAGAACUCUGCUCGUACGGACUUUGGUGUUGUUAUUUGCAACGUAGUAGAGAGACGUUUUUAGUUAAGAAUCGUCUUGAGAACACAAGUUUGUCAUCUACAAGGAGCCUCAUCAGGGCAUGUCUCGCUGGUCGGCGGAGUCUCGCCAGUCCAGCGUCCGCUCCCUCCUGAACCAUGGCCGACCUUCUGCGCGCCCGUCUGCCUCCCCUGCUGCUGGUGGUCUGCCUGCUGUCCUCCGCUGCUGCCUGGCAGGAGGACCUGGUGGCGCGCAACCCCAACACCACUCUAGAUGAGGAGAGCGUUCUGAAGUUUUCCGGCAAUCUCUCGCACAACGAUCACUUCAAAUUACUGGAGCGGGACGGCAAUUCACUUCUAAUCGGCGCCAGGAACAUCGUGUUCAACAUCAGUCUGACGGACCUGACGGAGCGGCGCGACGAGCGACUCGAGUGGCACUCGGAUCCACAGGACGUCCAGCUCUGCAUCAUGAAGGGACUCGACGAGGAGGCGUGCCACAACUACAUCCGUGUGCUGGCCAAGCGGGGAGACGAAGAGCUGUUCGUGUGUGGCACCAACUCCUACAAGCCGCGAUGCCGCAACUAUAAAAAGAACCCGGAGCUGGGUUACGUUCCCGACGGCACAGAGCGGGACGCUCGAGGCAUCUGUCCGUACAGUCCAAAACACAACAGCACCGUCACAUUUGUCGACGGUGAGCUGUUUUCUGGCACGGUGGCCGAUUUUGCCGGCUCCGAUCCACUCAUCUAUCGCCAUCCGCUGCGCACCGAACAGUCGGAGCUCAAGCAACUCAAUGCUCCGAGUUUCGUGGGUUCGAUGGAGUACGGAGACCACGUGUACUUCUUCUUCCGAGAGACGGCCGUCGAGUACAUCAACUGCGGAAAGAGGGUCUACUCCCGCGUGGCUCGCGUCUGCAAGAAGGACCAGGGCGGCUCGUACAAGCACAGGUACAGCUGGACGUCAUUCCUGAAGUCGCGGCUCAACUGCUCGAUCCCGGGGGACUAUCCCUUCUACUUCGACGAAAUCCAGUCGAUUUCGACGGUGCAAAGCGGCGUGUACGGCGGCCGACCCGAGGAGGUGCUCUACGCCGUCUUCACCACGCCCGUCAACAGCAUCCCCGGCUCGGCCAUCUGCGCCUUCCGCAUGACCGACCUGGUCGACACGUUCGCCGGCGCCUUCAAGCACCAGGAGGACAUGAACUCCAACUGGCUACCGCUCAAGAACUCGCAGGUACCCAGUCCGCGUCCGGGCCUGUGCGUCAACGACUCUCGCCAGCUGUCGGACGCGCACCUCAACUUCAUCCAGUCGCACCCGCUGAUGGACGGCGCCGUGCCGUCGCUGCACGGCCGGCCGCUGCUGGCGCGCACCAGCCUGCGGCACCGCUUCACCAAGAUCGCAGUGGACCCGCAGGUGCGGGCUGCCGACGGAACACUCUACGAUGUGCUCUUCAUCGGAACAGACAACGGCCGGGUGCUGAAGGCGGUGAACGCCGCCUCUGGCUCCGGCACGGUGCGCGCCGAGCCCGUGCUCAUCGAGGAGCUCGAGGUGCUGGCCAGCGGCGCGGCCAUCACCAACCUGCUGGUCUCGCGCCAGCCGGACGCGCCGCCGCGCCUGAUCGUCGUCACCGAUGACGAGGUGCGCGCGCUGCCGCUGCACCGGUGCGGCGACAAGGCGUUGCGCUGCGCCGACUGCGUGCGCCUGCAGGACCCGUACUGCGGCUGGGAGGCGGCCGGUCAGCGGUGCGCGCCCGUCGACUCGCCCGCCUGGCCCGAGGGCGUGGCCGUGGUGCAGAACGUCAGUCACGGUGUCCAUCCGCACUGCGCUGAAGACGACGCCCGAUACGAGGAGGAGCUGUACUUCGCCACUAUUCCCACUCCUCCCAGCACGGCGUCCAGUCCUCCGGAACCAUGUGUCUGCGGCUCCGGGUCGGCUCCGGCCGGAUCCGGGCAGGACUCCGACUCUGGAACCAGUACCGAUGCAGAUACCGAUACAGACACAGAUACAGAUACCGAUACUGACGAGGAUAUCGAUACUGACAACGACACGAGCAUCGUUGAACUGCUAGAAACGAAAAAUGACAGAGAACUGUACAGUGCGGUUGACGAGACUGGGAAGGUGUAUGACAUCCUUGAACGCUCGAAGUCGUACACCCUCGGGCAGGCGACAGAGUCUCGCGAGCAGGAUUCGUCGGACGCCGUCUACUCGGCCAAGACGCUGGCAGUGGCCGUGACCACCACCUGCCUACUGGCCAUGGUGAUCGGGUUCAUGGCCGGUUGGCUCUUCUCUCGACGCUGGACGCGCAACCAGCAGCGAACGAAGUACUACGAGACGGACUCGACGUGCCUCAAACAGGCCGAUACCGUGGCCCUCCCCGUCAAAACAGACAACAGGGGCGACAUCGCGCAAACGCAGCCGAACCCCGAGCCUACCAGCUUCGUGGGCAACAACGGCAAGCAGAUCAAUAUUGUAGUGAACCAGACUAAGCCCACUCUGGACAGAAAAACAGAAAUAGAGCCUGGCUACGAUACGUUGCAAAAGAAGCGGAGUGCAUAUUUGUAGUGUAUGUGUUUCAUGAUGAACUGAGUCGCCGCGUCUCGUGGAAAAGGUCAACGCACGCGGUGAAGGGUCGUGGAACUAAGACGAGGUCAGACCCGCCGCGGCGCCAGUGAAUUGAUGCGGGCCCGCGGCGCCAGUGAAUGACCUCGACCUCGAGGCGUGUGACCCGGCGGUGUCGCUCCGGGGCCCUAUGGACGGGUCGCGAGCCGUGACCAGGGCCCGUGCGAGCGGAUGGCAAAGUCGCAUCCCGUGCGGUUUUGGACGCAGCAGCUCUCCUUGCGACACAUCCGCGGAAAGGCCAGUAUAAGCUCCUCGUGGUCGGCUCUCUCGGCCGGCACCGCUGUGAGCCCCCGGAAUCAUCGCAUCAGAAGGACAGCAGCAGUCACCCAUCGGUGACCUCAUCGGGGACAGAGUCUGAUCACCAGAGGUCACUUCAUGUUCGGGUAUCAGUCAGCCCAACGAAGGUCGGGUCAAAGGGGUUGACCUGACCUGGUUUGGGUCGCGCCACCGACGAGUUGCGUCUUUCGGCUCGAUAGGAUAGGUGGCAUCGCGACUCAGUCGAACGUGAUACUUUUGAUUUAGAGAUUAUUUAGACGCUAUGUGAUGUGCUACGGUCAUUGAUUAUAUGUACCUAUGUGAAAGCUUAUAUUAUGUCGAUUUUUGAUCGUGUUUCGAUCCGCAGCUCGCCCCUUUCCUUUGAAGUGCGCUUUUCUUAUCAUGCUCGUCCUUGUCCGUCCUCUGGCAGAUGUGUUCUGUUUCACUUAUAGACGUAGAUACUCGUACAAUCGUGAGACCGGUUUCACCAUGCGCUGAAAUUUUCACCGUUCCUUUGCCGGGUCCCCAUGAGUGUGCCUACAUAUGUGUAAGCGCAGUGCUGACUCCGAAAGCAUUGCGAACUCUGUCCAGUCGGGUGCAUAUGGAAAGGUGUUGUCUGAAAAAUGUUGCGUGCCCAGACGGUCGUCGAUCGGCUUAUUUGAUCGCCUUCUAUGCCCAUCGAGUUCUCGGUAAUUGUGCAAUCCGUGAAGCCGCAUUGAAGAACAACAAAAUAUUUCCACUGCUUGCAUUAAACUCACCCGAAUGUACGGUCGAAAGAACGUAAUCACCGCCUGUUCCGUUUACAUAUUUCCGUGUAAAGAACACACGUCAUUGUUUGUUGCGGCUAUGGCGUCGAGGUUGGAAAGUCCAUAUCCUUUCAUUCUGGACACGUGAUGGAUGUCGGCCGUCGUCAGCCGUCACUGACCACUUUAUACUUCACCACGCUCCACGGCCGGCGAGACAAGGCCCGAGCCGGGGCGUGGUUUCUCAGGGAGGAUGCGUGGACGUGCGUGCGUGCGUGCGUGCGUGCGUGCCGCUGUGGGACGGUGCGUGCGAUAAGGAAGGUUGCUAGUGUCCGUCUUCACGCGUGUGUAUUGUGUUCGUAGUUUAGCACGACCCUGCUUGCUCACGCUGCAGCGUUUAAGCUUUCAUUCGCGCUCCACGCAGCUCGGGAUGUGACUGCAACAUUUUGGAGGAGGGACAUUGUACUGGAUGGCGACUAUCCGCGACUCGUGCGGAAUCGUGCAUUUGUUUUGGCUGUGAUACGCUUAUUUUGUAUUCAUGAUACUGUGUCAUGACACUGCAAUAUAUUGUGAUGUGCUGCUGA